GAGCGGCGCAGCGACGGCGGCGGCGGCAGUGGCGGUGGCGGUUGCAGCUCGGAGCCGUUGAGACGCCUCUGCGGCAGCUGGUGGCGCAGGUGGCCGGCGUGGACGUGGGCAGAGGCGGCCAGCUCGCCCCUCAGCCCCAGCGCCGCCGCCCGGCAGGCGCGUCGGGACACCCCGAGGCAUCCUCCCCCGCCCGCGGGCCCGCCAGUCCCCGCUCGCGUCCGCGUUCGCAUCUCCCCAGCGCGGCUGCGCUGCUCCCCCUUCUGGUCUGUGGGACUCCCGGCGUCACCCCUCAAACAUGACUCGCGAUUUCAAACCUGGAGACCUCAUCUUCGCCAAGAUGAAAGGUUAUCCUCAUUGGCCAGCUCGAGUAGAUGAAGUUCCUGAUGGAGCUGUAAAACCACCCACAAACAAACUACCCAUUUUCUUUUUUGGAACCCAUGAGACUGCUUUUUUAGGACCAAAGGACAUAUUUCCUUACUCAGAAAAUAAGGAAAAGUAUGGCAAACCAAAUAAACGAAAAGGUUUUAAUGAAGGCUUGUGGGAGAUAGACAACAAUCCGAAAGUGAAAUUUUCAAGUCAACAGACAUCAACUAAACAGUCAAAUGCAUCAUCUGAUGUUGAAGUUGAAGAAAAAGAAACCAGUGUUUCUAAGGAAGAUACUGAUCAUGAAGAAAAAGCCAGCAAUGAAGAUGUGACUAAAGCAAUUGAUAUUACCACUCCAAAAGCUGCCAGGCGAGGAAGAAAGAGAAAGGCUGAAAAACAAGGAGAAACAGAAGAGGUGGGAAUGGUAACUGUAGCAACAGCUUCUAACUUGAAAGCAAGUCCUAAGAGAGGACGACCUGCAGCUACUGAAGUCAAGAUUCCAAAACCAAGAGGCAGACCUAAAGUGGUAAAACAGCCCUGUCCUUCAGAAAGUGACAUGGUUAUUGAUGAAGACAAAAGUAAAAAGAAGGGGCCAGAGGAAAAACAACCUAAAAAGCAGCUUAAAAAGGAGGAAGAAGGCCAGAAGGAAGAGGAUAAGCCAAGAAAAGAACCAGAUAAGAAAGAAGGGAAGAAAGAAGUUGAAUCCAAACGGAAAAAUUUAACUAAACCAGGGGUUACAUCAACCUCUGAUUCAGAAGAUGAUGAUGAUCAGGAAGGUGACAAGAAGAGAAAGGGUGGAAGAAACUUCCAGACUGCUCACAGGAGGAACAUGCUCAAAGGCCAACAUGAGAAAGAAGCUGCAGAUCGAAAACGCAAGCAAGAGGAACAAAUGGAAACCGAGCAGCAGAAUAAAGAUGAAGGAAAGAAGCCAGAAGUUAAGAAAGUGGAGAAGAAGCGAGAAACAUCAAUGGAUUCUCGACUUCAAAGGAUACAUGCUGAAAUUAAAAAUUCACUCAAAAUUGAUAAUCUAGAUGUGAACAGAUGCAUUGAGGCACUGGAUGAACUUGCUUCACUUCAGGUAACAAUGCAACAAGCUCAGAAACACACAGAGAUGAUCACAACCCUGAAGAAAAUUCGGCGGUUCAAAGUUAGUCAAGUUAUCAUGGAAAAGUCUACAAUGUUAUAUAACAAGUUUAAGAAUAUGUUUUUGGUUGGUGAAGGAGAUUCUGUCAUCACCCAAGUGCUGAACAAAUCUCUUGCUGAGCAAAGACAGCAUGAGGAAGCAAAUAAAACCAAAGAUCAGGGGAAGAAAGGGCCAAAUAAAAAGUUAGAAAAGGAACAAGCAGGUUCAAAGACCCUAAAUGGAGGAUCUGAUGCUCAAGAGAGCAAUCAUCCACAACAUAAUGGUGACAGUACCGAAGAAAGCAAAGACAGUCAUGAGGCCAGCAGUAAGAAAAAGCCACCUGGAGAAGAGAGAGAGGCUGAACUAUCUCUGAAGACAUCUACAGUAGAUAACUAGGUUGGCAGACUUGGGAUGUAAAGAGUGCGUGAGAAGUCUGUUGUGAAUGGCUUCAUUUGAAAUACUUAGGCUGCUGAAAGUUUUCAAGUUUUAUAAGCAUAAGUUUUGAUGUUUAAGUAGUUUUGGGGAAGAAAAUCCCUUUAUAUUUGUGUAAAAGUAAAAAAUAUUGCUAAUUUUCCAUGUGCAGUAUUAAUAGCUCCAUCAUCCACUUUAAGAGUAAGGGAAACCUACUUAGAAAGGUUAACCUGCUUUAUAGACAUGACUAGUUUAUUUUUGGUUAGUGUGUAUGCUAAUGUGUAAUUGGUACUGUAGGGCGGUUACAUUUGUAUAGAUUUUUUUUCCUCUUUUCCCAAAUACUGUGGGUUUUGUGUAUAGUUUUUACAAAUCUUGGAUUUACCAGACUGUCUUUUCACUGUUUGUGGGUUUUUUAGAAGUUGAGCAUUUUUAUGGCUGAUAAAAUGGAUGUUAUAAGCACCCUUUCCGGAAGUUAACGUUAACCUCAGUCCAUUGUGCUACAUCAGCUUGCCUCUUUGUAAUAAUGUGCAGUCUGUAUGACAGCUAGAUGUCCAACAGAUCUAGAAGGUACAAAUUUGUGAACUUUGAAACUGAUUUAGUUUUAGGACUGGGGCUUCAGUGGCAUCAGAACUAAAGAGAACGCUGGGUAUAUAUAGGAAGUCCAUCUACAAGUCUUUACAGCUAAUAGUCACAAAACCUGAAACUAGUCGUUUUUAAUCUUGCACUCAUUAAGGUCACACUCAUUAAGCUGUGCAUAGCUUUUAAAUUGGAAUCCAUGACUAGUAAAUAUAAAGAAGGAAACUAACCUAAUUGAAAACUAAGGCCAUAUUAGAAUGGAAUUUGUGUUUAGUUUCUGUAUCGUACAUAUCACAGGAUUACAAAAAUAAGGUCGAAACAUCAGUUACCCCACGGUAGUAACUAGAUUAGUGUACACACACACACACACACACACAAGCGUGGACUAUGUCUAUUAAAUGAAGGCAUGAGAUUUCAAAGAUACUCUGAGUGAUCAGAUUAGUUGUUUUCACUAGGUAGAAAAGUUCAGCCUUAUGCUUUGAAACAUAAUGGGAAAGUGACUUAAUACCAGAGUUUGUGUACAAUGUGAUUAAAUAUGUUCUUGACUUUAGAUAAUUAUUUUCAGUCAUGUAAAUUUUUUAAUUGCUUCAAUAAUUGGACUCUUGCUUUUGAGAGCUCUUACAAUUGAACUCCUGUUUUGAGUGAACGCUGUACAUUGCAUAUAUACCAGUCUUCUGUUUUGUCCUUAGUACAUUUUUAACUUGGACAAAAUUACUCUAGUUAAGCCAUAAGUGUCAAUGUGUAAACCUGUUUUAAUUAAAAUUUUUUUUCUACCAGACUCUAUUAGUAAGUUA